AUGGACAGGGCUGAACGCUUACUAAUAAAGCAGUCACAGGCUUUAUCAUUUGGAAGAGAAAUUAAGCUACUUCAAGCGUCUAUGCCACUACCUACUUCGAGUAAGCUACUUACCUUAUCUCCGUAUCUAGAUGAGCACGGAGUCCUGCGAUGUGGAGGCCGCAUCAACGCUGCUCCUGAAAUAAGUCCAGAUGUUAAGCAACCUGUUAUACUAGAUGGUCGCAGUCACAUGACUCAGCUGAUUGUGAAGCAUUAUCACCAAAGAGCGUUCCACGGCCACCAGGAGAUGGUGGUAAAUGAGCUGAAACAGAAGUACUGGAUUAUACGUAUUAGACCUACUGUUAAACAUGUUAUUUCAAAAUGCAUGCUGUGCAGAAUCAGGCGUGCACAGCCUCGACCUCCUCGAAUGGGAGACUUACCUGAGGGACGAUUGGCGCAUCAUCAGCGUCCCUUUACCCACACUGGAGUGGACCUGUUCGGACCUAUGGAAGUGACCAUAGGACGUCGCCGAGAAAAAAGGUACGGCGUGUUGUUUACCUGUCUCACUGUGAGGGCUAUACAUGUUGAGCUCGUAGGAAGCCUUACCACCGAUGACGUCAUAAUGGCUCUCCGACGAAUGGCAGCGAGACGCGGGUGGCCGCGAUACCUUUACUCGAAUAAUGGUACUAAUCUGAGAGGCGCCGACAAGGAGUUGAAGAAGUGUGUCUCCGAAUUGGAUGAGAAACUCUUAGCUGACGGAGUACAGAGUUACAGCAUGACCACUACAUGGACGUUUUCCCCCCCUGCCAGCCCACAUUGGGGUGGGGCAUGGGAGCGACUCAUCCGCUGCGUGAAAAACGCACUGAAAGUGGUGCUGAAAGAGCGAGCACCCCGAGACGCUGUUCUACAAACUCUCAUGACAGAGGUUGAAGUGAUGGUAAAUAGUCGGCCCCUCACCCAUGUGAGCGUUGAGCCGAACACUGACGAGUCAUUAACACCCAACCAUUUUCUCCUUGGCUCAUCCUCAAACCUACCGACUAUGGGCACCUUUGAUGAGUCAGAUACAUUCUUGCGCAAACAGUGGAGGAUUGCUCAGCAGCUGGCUGACUCAUUCUGGCGACGGUGGGUGAAGGAGGUGCUGCCGGACAUGCGUCCGAGAAAGAAGUGGCAGCAGGAGCAGAGGCCCUUACAAGUGGGUGACCUCGUUUUAAUUGUCGAUCCCGCAUCCCCACGAAACGUUUGGCCACGCGGCAUAAUUCGAAGGGUGAUGCCAGGCCAAGACGGCCGCAUCAGAGUCGCCGAGGUGCAAACAAAGUCGGGCAUAUUGCGACGACCGGUAGCACGAGUUGUGUAUAUAGCUAUCGGGAAUGAGUGCUGA